GAGCUCUCACCAUACUGCGCAGGGAAAGGAAAGAGCCUACCAGGAGGUGAGGGAGAGGAGGCACGCAUACGGACUGCAUGCCAACGGGGCUGGGCACCAAGGCUUGGGACCUCAGGAUCAGGAGAGCUUGAGCUGCUCUGGUACACCAGCCUUCGUAAGGCUACCCCAGGGGAAGAAGGAGGACUCGGGCCAGUAGGCACAGGCAGAGACGCGCGACUUCUAGGGGAUGACCUAUGGAUGAUGCGGCUCCGGAGGACAAAGCCUGGAGUCGGACAGCCGUUGCGGAGGGCAGGGCCUAUCGGGUUGGCUCGGCUUCGGAGGGCAGGGCCUGACCCGGAUGCACGGCUGCGGAGAGCAGGGCCCGGUGGGCUGGCGUGAUUAUUGAGGGCAGAGCCUAGCCCAGAUGCACGGCUACUGGAAGCACGGUUGCGGUAAGCUGGACCCGGCGCGGAUGCACGGUUGCGGUAAGCUGGGCCCGGCGCGGAUGCACGGCCGCGGCGAGCUGGGCCUCGCGCGGAAGCACGGCCGCGGCUGCGGAGACCUGGGCCCGGCGGGGAAGCACGGCGGCGGCUGCGGCGAGCUGGGCCCGGCGCGGAAGCACGGCGGCGGCUGCGGAGAGCUGGGCCCGGCGCGGCAGCACGGCGGCGGCUGCGGAGACCUGGGCCCGGCGCGGCAGCACGGCCGCGGCUGCGGAGACCUGGGCCCGGCGCGGAAGCGCGGCUGCGGAGAGCUGGGCCCGGCGCGGCAGCACGGCCGCGGCUGCGGAGAGCUGGGCCCGGCGCGGCAGCACGGCCGCGGCUGCGGAGAGCUGGGCCCGGCGCGGCAGCACGGCCGCGGCUGCGGAGAGAUGGGCCCGACACAGGCACAUGGCGGCGACGGAGAGCAGGGCCUGGCGCGGAUGCACGGCUGCGAAGAGCAGAGCCCAACCCGGAAGCAUGGCCACGGAAGGCGAUGCCUGGCGGGGUGGCACGGCCAUUAAGGGCAGGGCCUGGCCUGGCCGCUUGACUGCGGAGGGCUGGGCCUGGUGCCCGGGCCUGACUUCGGAGGGCAGGGCCUGGCUGGGAUGCGUGACCCGACGGAGAAGCCCGAGAACGGCGGCGGCCGCUGGGCUGAGAGCCCGGAGAAGAUGGCGGCAAGGGCACGGGGCACGGAGCUGUAGGAAGCGCAGGAAACAGACAGCGCCGCUCUGGAGGCUUCUGAGCCUGGGCAGCCUCCUCGCGGCCGGGCUGCUUCCUCCCACGGCCCCUCCCCGGGCUCGCGGUCAGGGUCGGAGGCCCGCUGGCCUGGCCAACUCCCCUCACGGCUUGCACCAUGGCGGCCACGCCGCCCGCGUGUGAGGCCUGGAGACCCAGCCCCGCCCCGGGCACCACACAUCUCAGCUCGGGCACCACACAUCUCAGCUUGGCGUGGGGACUGCGGCCGCCCUGGAGGUCAGCACGCUCCCUCUCCUGCACACAGCCCGUGGAGGGCAGCUCCGGGCCCUCGCCAUUGACCGAAAUGGCGCCGACGGCAGCCAGGGCGGAAGCAGAGGAACCUGCCGUACCGCUCUGUGGGGCGCCACCACCCGAUGGGGAAAGGCCGCUCGAGACCGAGGGGACCACGGCACUGGGAUCGGGGUUGCCGGCCCCACGGGCGUCGCCGGGGGCAGGGGCGACCUCGUUCUUCGGCCCUUCGGGCACCUCACCCUGCUCUUGCUUCUGCGCCUUCUGGUCGGACGACGGAGUGUCCAUAACGCCAGAUUCUCUCUCAGAGACGCGAGAGCGUGGCUACAGACGCCGUCUGGGUAGAGCUCAGGAAGAAGGAGUGAGGAGAAUGGGCGUGUCCUGGUCGGAUCUUCACCUCUGAUUGGUCGGGUGGUUGUCACGUGACUCUCGUCUUAAAGGGAGCGAGCCAACCUGGCUCCGUCUGGCGCCAAACCAGACAGUGUGCUCCACCCGGUCUACGGUGUGAAUUCCCCAUCCAUACGUGGGUCCCUAUGAGUGUGUGUGUGUGUGGGGGGGGGUGCUUCGAGGGAGGGGGCGGGGGCAGCAAUACUGUCCGUAUAAACAGUUUGAGUCACCCCAAAUCAGGUUAGCUUGUCAGCACCACUCUGGUGGUGAAACUUUCAAGCAGUGGCUUGAAAAAAAUACCACACUGGCCAACAAGAGAUACCCCUGGGGCGCCUGGGUGGCUCAGUCGUUAAGCGUCUGCUUUAGGCUCAGGUCGUGAUCCCAGGGUCCUGGGAUUGAGCCCUGCAUCGGGCCUCCUGUUCUGUGGGAGACCUGCUUCUCCCUCUCCCACACCCCCCUGCUUGUGUUCCCUCUGUCUCUCUCUGUGUCAAAUAAAUAAAAUCUUUUUUUUAAAAAAAAGAGAUACCCCUAAGCUGGGCCUCCCUCCUGGAAUCCCAUCAGGACACUGGGCCCAUGUCUGACUCCAGAAGCGACAGUCCCGGAACUCCUCCCUGCAUCUAGAUGACCCUACACUGGAGUCUUGAAAGUGGCCUGAAAUCAAGAAAAUGGAUGGGGCCCUCGCUAUCUUGACUCGGGAUGUUCAGCACGGCUGCCAUGCAUCAGAGGGGAUUUUGAGGUAACAUCCUUCCCCCUGCCUUAUCUCCUGAGGCAUGGGCUGGAGUUACCCGGAAUUAGGAUAACACUGUCCUUAAAAAUACAUCAUCAUUUGUAUGGGCUGCAUAGUAAUCCACCGAUGAAUGUACAUUAAUUUAUUUGACCCAGUCUCCAUUCUUGGCUAUAGUUCUCUAUUAUGCUGUGAUGCACAGACAUAAAGUUUAAUAUUUCAACACUAAUUUAUAGUCAUUAUUACAGAAGUCAUUAUUACUGCAUUCUCAGAACGCAAAACAGAAAAGCAAAUAGAACCUAACCUAGGAAAACUAGAACCUAAAUUCCCACAUACCCCUGGGGCAAAUAUUAGAAAUGUUUAAUUAUUUUUGGUAGAAUGACCAUUCUUAACUAAUUCAUAGUUCUGUUGUUUAAUAAAACGGAAUUAUGCAUA